AUGUACUUUUUCCUCUGCAACUUGUCUGUCCAAGACAUUGUCUAUGUCACUGCCAUCUUGCCAAAGCUUCUGGCCAUCACUAUAACAGGAGACAACAGCAUUUCGUUCCUGGGCUGUAUGACUCAGUUGUAUCUACAUGUAUCAUGUGUUACGACAGAAUUCCUCCUCCUGACCUCCAUGGCUUAUGAUCGCUAUGUAGCCAUCUGUAUCCCCAUGCGCUACUCUCUCAUCAUGAAGAAAAGUGUGUGCGUUCUUCUUGCCUCUGUUUCUUGGUCCAUGGGUGCCACAGAUUCAUUUAUUUAUUGUUGGUUAAUUUGUAAUUUACAAUUCUGUAAACAGCGAGAAAUUAAUAAUUUCUUUUGUGAGUUAAAGACCAUUUUGAAGCUUUCUUGCAGCAACACCAUAAACAUUAAAUUUGUCAUAUUAGUGGUAUGUGUAUUUAUUGGGUUACUACCCUUUAGUUUAAUUCUGAUCUCUUAUGGAAACAUUAUAUAUUCUGCUUUAAAGAUCCGAACUUCAGCAGGAAAACUCAAGACCUUCUCCAGCUGCUGCUCCCAUCUCACAGUUGUGGUUCUGUUCUGUGGGACGUGUUUAAGUUUGUACAUGAAACCAGACUCUGAGAAUUCCCAAGAAAUGGAUAAGCUGCUGUCUCUGCUGUAUGUGGCUGUCACUCCCCUGUUAAACCCAUUAGUGUAUAGCUUGAGGAACAAGGAUGUUAUUAAUGCCAUAAAAAAAAUAAGAAACACCUAG